ACACCCAUCAUGUUCCUGGAAUAAUGAAUGGUAUGACUUAAAUUUGCUGUGAUUUUUAUAUGAUGGGAUUUACUUGUCUGUGGCCCUUCAUCAAUAUUAUUAAUUUUGGGGCUUAGGGCACAAUCUGCAAUAGGGAGACAGUGCUCUUACUGUAUAUCUGGGGCACACAAGGGCUCUUGUGCCAAUUUAAUGAACAAUUUGCAGUACAAUACCAAAACAACCAACCAAACAAAAACAUAGCCUUAUACUGUUGAUUUCAGGUUGUUGGAUGUCUUUUUCAGAAGUCAUCUGGAGGACACCACUUAUUCACGCAAAUUGAAAAAGCAUGUUCUCAGUCUAAGAAUAAAUCAUAAGCUCUAUGAUUAGUGUGUUCUGAUGACUUUUGGCACUCAGGAUUCAGUUUGAGAAUUUGUUUCUAUCAAUGACUGUCAAAGUUUUCUCUAGCUGAAUGCAAUUAAAUGACUCUCAGUUGCUGGUGGAAACUGUGAGCAGGGAUCCUAGGGUUUCUACACCAAAAAGUUAUCAGAUUCAGAGCACUUGUCACUUUUACUUACAUUCAUUGAAUGAACAUUUAUUUGAUCAGCAUAUUGCUGAAGUCUAAUCCGUAACCUUCCACAAGGACUCUUGGAAUCACAUUCUCAACUUACAUUACGGUAAUGUAACUCAAACAGUGGCUACAAAACGUAUUUAAAACUACAAAAAAAACUUCUGUCAUUCCUUUGGCAAAGAGCUGCCAGACAUCAGCCCGAUCCUCCACAAUAAAACCGAAAUAACAGAUCGUAUACACACUAUCACAAACAACUGCUCUUAGCGAUACGUGCACUGUGCAGAUUCCGUACAGCCGUCUUGUAGCUACACAUCAGUACCAGCAGGGAUAAAGCGUGGUAGUGAGUGAGCCUCAGUCCAGCUGCGCGCACGCACGCACACACAGCAUAGCCAUUUUCCUGUUGACUCCGCGCUCCGCCACGUUGGUUCUCCUACGUGUGUGUGUCGCAUUCUGCUGCGCACCGCGAACGUUAUGUUUGUGAUGAGGCGGGAAAUGGCGUCCGCGGACUUGGUUAACUAGUGAGUAGCUACCGAGAGACAGACACAGCUGGCAGCAACAACCAGGGCCUGACCUCUACCGGUGGCCGCCACGGUCGAGGCUGAGCGCUGGCAACGCCGUCGCAACUUUUGAAGAGCGCCCAAGAUCAUCAAUUUUUCUAUGUGACGCUGGAGCAUGAUGAGGCUGAGAGUGCGUAAAGCCCCUCAGCAGCCGAACUUAGGCCGUCGAAUCCACCCGUCCCAGGCCAAACGGAAACACUGUGAAGUAGAGCCAUCCCCGGUGAGAGGUCGAGGGAAAAUGCAGAAGAACGAAACAGGCCUGUUCUCCACCAUAAAAAAAUUCAUUCGCGGAAAUGCUGUCAAGGUGGAACAGGAUAUCCCCGCCAAGAGGAGUCGCAUUGAUUGUAAUUCUGACGGCAAUCUAAUUACUUCAACACCACAGUCACCACAGACUAGAGGCCUUUCCACCAAAUCAGUCUCCAGAGUUCGCCGGAAAAGUCCAAAUAAAGACAUAAUGACCUACAACAGUAAACCCAUGAAACCAAACGGUAAACUAGAGGCCCCCGUUGAGGCAGCAAGCAGCCCACCACGCACCACACUGCUUGGGACCAUCUUCUCUCCAGUCUUCAACUUUUUUUCACCAGCAACUAAAACUGCCACUCCUGGUUCAGACUCUCCUGGCCAAGCGAUGGAGGCGGAGGAGAUCAUGAAGCAGCUUGACUUUGAGCAGGCAGAAGAAAUGCCGAGCAGCACCCUUACAUCCACGGAGGGCAUCACUUCGUGCCACCCCACCCCGAUUUUAUCCCAGAGGCUUCAGAUUACCUCUGACACAACCAUAGAAGAAGGGGAAAUUGUCACUGAAACUGACAUGCCGCCAUUAACAGCUCCUGGUUGUAUGCCGGACGGUGAUUACUCAAACACGUUACCUCCAGUUCCUGCAGAAACCUCAUACGAUGAGGACUGGGAAGUUUUUGAUCCGUACUUCUUCAUCAAGCACGUGCCUCCGCUGACAGAAGAGCAGCUAACGCGCAAACCGGCGUUACCUUUGAAAACACGCAGCACACCAGAGUUUUCUCUCGUCUUGGAUCUGGAUGAAACUCUGGUCCACUGUAGUUUGAAUGAGCUAGAAGACGCAGCUCUGACAUUCCCUGUGCUCUUUCAAGAUGUAAUAUACCAGGUGUAUGUUCGGUUGAGGCCCUUUUUCCGCGAGUUUCUUGAGCGCAUGUCUCAAAUGUAUGAGAUUAUUCUCUUCACGGCUUCAAAGAAAGUCUACGCUGACAAGCUGCUCAACAUCCUGGAUCCGAAAAAACAGCUGGUCAGGCACAGGCUAUUUCGUGAGCACUGUGUGUGUGUUCAAGGCAAUUAUAUUAAAGACCUUAACAUUCUCGGGCGUGAUCUCUCUAAGACGAUAAUAAUCGACAACUCACCACAAGCCUUUGCCUAUCAGCUUUCCAAUGGGAUCCCUAUUGAGAGCUGGUUUGUGGAUAGAAACGACAAUGAGCUUCUGAAGCUUGUUCCUUUUCUCGAGAGGCUUGUGGAGCUGAAUGAAGAUGUCAGACCGCACAUCCGUCAGCAGUUUCGUUUGCACGACCUCCUUCCUCCAGACUGAGGACCUCGUGCUCCUCUUUCAGCUGAAGAUGGUAUCAACAUUGGGAAAAAAAAAACAAAAAAAAAAACUGUCCCCCAGAAGGAAAUGGUUAUUGGAUUUCUCUUUGCAAACAAAAUAUUGCCAUUAUUAUUAUUGUUAUUAUUAAUAUGGUUUUUUAAAUUCAUGCAAGAAAAAAAGUUUAAAGCUGUGGUUUGAGUGAAAAAGCCCUGGAUGUUUUUAUACGUACACACUCGAAACAGACUCAGAACAAACAAGAGCUGCUUGCUGUGGCAGACAUUUCUCUAGUAAGACUUUGAAGACGGCCUCCUGGAAGGCGUUUUAUCUUUUAAGAACCAUUUUGGAUUGACUAAACUGAAUGUCGUGCAGUGUUGGAUUAUAUGGACCUCGGUGGCUUCAGUCUGACCUUGAACGGCCAGUCAAACCUGUAUAAUAUCCGAUCUUUUGUAAAUAUAUGUACAUAGUAUUUUUUUCUUCGAGGUUUUUAAGUCAUUUUAUUUUCACUUCAGAUUUUAGGAUGUAUUCUCUGAUUAGGUUGCUUUUAUAAACCAACAAAAUGUUAGUGUGUUUUGUUGUCGAUGAGCAGCUGCUUUUCUGUUGUAUGCCUGCAUUAUUCCUGUGAUGCUUUACUCCAUUACAUGCAGUUGUCUGUAAUAAGGUGCAGUUUUAAAAAAAAAAAAAAAAAAGUAUCUUUGGGAGGAAAA